CUCAUAUUACAUCACGUUACCGGGAUGAACUAUGGAGAAAAGCCCGUAUUUUCUGGCCUUACAUGCGCAGUUGGGCCGAUAGGACACGAGGGAGCCAAGCAUGUACAGAUGAUAAGAUUCUGGGGUGUUGUGAAGGGGGGGAAAGACCAUGCAUCGAGUAUAAGAGUCUUGAGUGUUUCCCCCAGAAAUUUGUUUCCGGCUUUCUUCACCCACCUUUCGUUUAACCAACCGCUUCACUCGUUUAUAGCAUUCGUUAAACAAAUCUAUCAAGAUGCGAGGUCUCGUUAUUCUCAGUGCGGCCGUUGGCCUGGCUAAUGCUGCCGCUGUCGAGGUGCCCAACAAGAGGCACUACCCUGUUCCCGGACAGGAGGAGUAUCCCGCUGUCCCUGAUACCGAGUAUACUCCCCCGACGCCUGGAAACGGUGCCUACCCUCCUCCCGCCGUCGAGAAGCCCUCCAAGCCCGCCAACGAGUACCCUCCUCCCAAGGCUACUGAGCCCAGCAACGGUGGUGCCUAUCCUCCCCCUCCGGUCAACACCAAGCCUACUGGCGAGUACCCUCCUCCUGAGCACACCAAGCCCGUGACUCCUCCUGAGGAGACUCAGCCUACUGGCGUCUACCCUCCCCCCGAGGAGACCACUGGUGUCUAUCCUCCCCCCGAGGAGACCACUGAUGUCUACCCUCCUCCUUCCGAGACCCAGCCCGAGGAGCACAGCUCAACCGAGACUCCUUACCUGCCUCCCACCGAGACUCUUCCUUCUGUGGAGAGCUCGACUGAGACUCCUUACCAGCCUCCUACCGACACUCUCCCUGCUGAGGGCACCUCAACUGAGACUGGUUACCUGCCUCCCACUUACACGAAGCCUUCCUACACUAAGCCAACCUACACCAAGCCUUCGUACACCAAGCCUGGCUACCCCCAGACCUCUCAGUGGACCACCUCAACCAUCUACACCACUCAGGUUCAGACCGUCACCAAGUGUCCUCCUGAGGUCACCAACUGCCCUGUUGGCCCUCACGUCACCACCGUGACUAUCCCCAUCUCGACCACCAUCUGCCCUGUGACCGAGGAGCAUCCUUCUUCCGUCUACCCUCCCCACGAGGAGACCACCAAGUUGACCACCUCAACCAUCUACACCACCAAGGUGCACACUGUCACCAAGUGCCCUCCUGAGGUCACUGACUGCCCCGAGAAGCCUCACGUCACCACUGAGACCAUCCCCGUCUCUACCACAGUCUGCCCCGUGACCGAGACUCACGUCGCUCCUCCUCCUGCCCACGAGACAACCACUAAGCUGACCACCUCAACUGUCUACACCACCAAGGUCCACACUGUCACCAAGUGUCCUCCUGAGGUUCCCAACUGCCCUGAGAAGCCCCAUGUCACCACCGAGACCUACGCCGUCUCUACCACCGUCUGCCCUGUGACUGAGACCCACGUUGUCCCUGUUCCUCCCAAGGAGACUCAGCCCAUCGUUGUUCCUCCUCCUCACCCCGGUAACGGAACCUGGACUCCUCCCAAGCCUCAGCCUCCUAAGGAGUCUCACCCUAGCUACCCUCAGCCUCCUGCUCCCAGCAAGCCUGCCGAGACUGCUCCCGUUGUCCCUGCUCCUAGCACUCCUGCUGAGACCUACCCUGCUCCUCCCGCUACCACUCCCACCCAGGUCACUGCCGGUGCUGGACGUGUCGGAGGUAGCGUCGGAGCUGCUCUCUUUGCGGCUGGUUUUGUCGCCUUCUUCCUGUAAAUAAUUUGACUGCUCAUGCGGAGCAACGAGUAUAUGACGGUUUGGAGAUAUAUACGCUGCAUAGUACAUGCACCUAUUACCUGCACCUAUUACAUUCUAUUAGAUAAUUUCUUAGAUUAAUAUACUUCCGGGCAUGAAGCCAAGUAAA